CCCAUCUGGAAGUCUCCAACUGGGCUCUGCUCCAAACGGCAGCUAGAGUAAGCUCUGUUUCUCUCACCGGUCGGCGUCAAUAGAGCAGCAGGUGGAGUCUCAAUCGCCUAAGUUUCAUUUGUAAGGUAACCACGAGGUUCGUUGAAAACUAAGAAAUGAAAUUAACUCCGAGAAAAGUGGAGAAACUAGGACUCCACGGCGCAGAUUACCUUUCACAGAAACGACUUCCUCGUGGCUUGAGACUUAAUUACACUGAAGCUGUUGCUCUCAUUGCCACUCAGAUUCUGGAGUUUGUUCGUGAUGGCAAUAAAAGUGUGGCAGAACUUAUGGAUGUUGGAAAGCAACUUUUAGGGAGGAGACCAGUUCUUCCAGCCGUUCUGCAUCCUUUGGAUACUGUCCAGGUUGAAGGAACAUUUCCUGAUGGGACAAAGUUGAUCACUAUAAAUGACCCAAUUGCAAGUGAAAAUGGGAUAGAGCUAGCUUUGCAUGGUUCUUUCCUUCCAGUGCCAGCUCUAGACAAAUUUCUAGAAAUAGAGGAUGGCAAAAUUCCUGGGAGAGUUAUCUCUAGAGAUGGAUCAAUUACACUUAAUCAUGGAAGGAAAGCAGUAAUCCUCAAAUUUGUUAAUACUGGAGACAGGCAUUCAGCUUUCGCGCAGGUUGGUAGCCAUUAUCACUUCAUUGAGGUCAACCCCUGCAUGAUUUUUGAUCGAAGGAAAGCAUAUGGCAUGCGCUUGAACAUACCAGCAGGAACAGCUACACGAUUUGAGCCGGGGGAAAGUAAAAUGGUCAAACUUGUCAGUAUUGGAGGUAAUCAAGUGAUCACAGGUGGAAGUGGAAUUGUUGAUGGUCAUGUUGGUGCCAAAUUCACAGAAGCAAUGGAAGCUGUAAGCGUUAGAGGAUUUGGGAACCAAGAAGAGCCAAAUGCUAGUGAAGGUACAACUGGAGAAGGUCCUUCUUUCACCACUGUUAUUACUCGGGAAGCUUAUGCUAACAUGUAUGGCCCCACCACUGGUGACAAAAUUCAGCUUGGAGAUACAGACUUGUACGCUGAAAUUGAAAGAGAUUUUGCUGUUUAUGGUGAAGAAUGUGUAUUUGGAGGCGGAAAAGUCAUAAGAGAAGGCAUGGGCCAGUCAUGCACGCAUCCACCAGCUGACUCUCUGGAUACUGUAAUAACAAACGCUGUGAUCAUUGAUUAUAGCGGAAUUGUUAAGGCAGAUAUUGGUAUUAAAGAUGGUCUUAUCAUCACUCUUGGGAAAGCUGGCAAUCCAGAUAUCAUGAACGAUGUACAUCCUAAUAUGAUAAUUGGGGCUAACACUGAGGUUAUAACUGGAGAAGGAUUUAUAGUAACUGCAGGGGCCAUAGAUUGUCACGUGCACUUCAUAUGCCCUCAACUGGCAUAUGAGGCAAUUUCAAGUGGCAUUACAACGUUAGUGGGAGGUGGAACUGGACCUGCUGAUGGGACACGUGCAACUACUUGUACACCAGCUCCAUCAAAUAUGAAGUUAAUGCUGCAAUCAACUGAUGACUUGCCUCUAAAUUUUGGCUUCACCGGAAAGGGAAACAGUGCCAAACCCAAUGAGCUACAUGAAAUAAUUAGGGCUGGAGCCAUGGGGUUGAAGCUGCAUGAGGACUGGGGAACUACUCCUGCAGCAAUAGACAAUUGUUUGGCUGUUGCUGAAGGAUAUGACAUUCAGGUUAAUAUCCAUACUGACACAUUGAAUGAAUCUGGAUUUGUGGAACACACAAUUGCUGCAUUUAAAGGGAGGACUAUUCAUACUUACCACAGUGAAGGUGCAGGUGGUGGUCAUGCUCCAGAUAUUAUCAAAGUUUGUGGUGAGAAAAAUGUCUUGCCUUCAUCAACAAACCCAACACGGCCUUUUACAUCUAAUACUAUCGAUGAACAUCUUGACAUGCUGAUGGUUUGCCAUCACCUGGACAAGGACAUUCCAGAAGAUGUAGCUUUUGCUGAGUCAAGGAUAAGAGCUGAAACGAUCGCUGCGGAAGACAUAUUGCAUGAUAUGGGUGCAAUUAGCAUUAUAUCUUCUGAUUCGCAGGCUAUGGGUCGAAUCGGAGAGGUGAUAUGUAGAACUUGGCAAACUGCCCACAAGAUGAAAUCACAGAGAGGACCAAUUGGUCCUAGUGCAUCCGACAAUGACAAUCUUAGGAUCAAAAGAUACAUAGCAAAGUACACUAUCAAUCCAGCAAUAGCUAAUGGGUUUUCUCAAUUUGUUGGUUCUGUCGAGGUAGGAAAGUUGGCUGAUCUUGUUCUAUGGAAGCCAUCUUUCUUUGGGGCAAAACCUGAAAUGGUGAUCAAAGGUGGUGUAAUUGCCUGGGCUAACAUGGGCGAUCCAAAUGCAAGCAUUCCCACACCUGAGCCGGUUUUGUCAAGGCCAAUGUUCGGAGCAUUUGGCAAGGCUCCAAGUGCCAACUCCAUAGCCUUUGUCAGCAAGGCUGCUUUAGAUUGUGGAGUAAAAACCUCAUAUGGACUGAACAAGAGAGUGGAAGCCGUGGGCAACGUUAGAAAACUCACAAAGUUGGACAUGAAGCUCAACGACUCCCUCCCAAAUAUCUCAGUAGACCCAGAGACAUACACAGUGAAAGCAAACGAUGAGGUUCUUACUUGCGCUGCAGCCACAACAGUUCCCCUUUCCAGGAAUUACUUCCUCUUUUAGUCAUCAUCCAGAACCAUUUCUGAACUAAAAAUAAACAAAGAUCAUUCAAAAUUGAGUCUCACUUUUUCAAAACAAGGUAACAAAAACUCUUUAGUUAAAUAAAAGCAGUUUAUAUCUCUUGAAAGUAUUUGUCUGUUUCUAAGAACAAGGAAAACGUGUGUUUGUCUGUUUUAGAAAACAUGUCAACACAAUCUAUCAAAAUUUAAUGAAGCAGAAUGCAAGUGACCAAACGUAA